AUGUGCAUAAAAGAUCUCACACGGGGGAGAAGCCGUAUUCCUGUCCUGAGUGUGGGAAGUGUUUUUCACAGAACUCCAAUCUUUACAAACAUCAGAGAUUGCAUACGGGUCAAAAGCCAUAUUCCUGUUCUGAGUGUGGGAAAUGUUUUUCAGAGAAGUUCAAUCUUUACACACAUCAAAGAUCUCACACAGGUGAGAAGCCAUAUUCCUGUCCUGAGUGCGGGAAAUGUUUUUCACAGAAGUCCAGUCUUUACACACAUCAGAAAUCUCACACGGGGGAAAAGCCAUAUUCCUGUCCUGAGUGUGGGAAAUGUUUUUCAGACAAGUCCAGUCUUUACACACAUCAGAAAUUGCACACAGGGGAGAAGCCAUAUUCCUGUCCUGAGUGCAGGAAAUGUUUUUCACAGAAGUCUAGUCUUGACAUACAUCAGAGAUCUCACACGGGAGAGAAGCCAUAUUCCUGUCCUGAGUGUGGGAAAUGUUUUUCAGACAAGUCCAGUCUUUACAAACAUCAGAGAUCUCACACGGGGGAGAAACCUUAUUCCUGUCCUGAGUGUGGGAAAUGUUUUUCAGUGA